CAGUCACAAGACUGUGCAGCAGAGUGAGGCGCGAGGCCACCGGAGCGUCUGGUCCACAUUUUGUAUUAUGUAGCUUCUCGGAGCAGCAGUGGCACUAUGGCCGCCGACAACCAGCACUUACGAGUCUUCUGGCACGGAACAGGCGGCUGUUUUCUGUGAAUUUCCUUCAGUUUUCGCGGCUCAGGAGUCACUACCCGACACGGUCUGUUAUUACACCAGCGGAAGGCAUUGUCUAUGCGUGCGUGGCGGCUGUUGUUGUCUGGCAACGUCUCUAGCCUCGUUAGCACAACUAGCAAGUCAACACUGUGCGCUCACGUCGACGCUAAGCUAGCAGAGCUGCUAGCUUGGCCGGUUUGUUUUGGUGGGAGCUGGUGUGUAGGGGAUGUUGUCCGUAUUGUCGUACGGUAGACUGGUUGCCAGAGCUGUCAUCGGCGGACUUUCUCAGACAGACAGCCGCGACUACAGCCUGGUGACAGCGAGCUGCGGCUUCGGGAAGGAUUUCCGCAAAGGCAUCCUAAAGAAAGGGAUGUGCUAUGGGGACGACGCGUGCUUCAUCGCCCGCCACAGAUCAGCCGAUGUUUUGGGAGUGGCAGAUGGAGUAGGUGGCUGGAGGGACUAUGGCGUGGAUCCGUCACAGUUUUCAGGCACACUGAUGAAGACAUGUGAGAGGCUGGUGAAGGAAGGACGCUUUGUCCCCAGCAACCCUGUGGGAGUCCUUACGACUAGCUACUACGAGCUACUGCAGAACAAAGUGCCCCUACUGGGUAGCAGCACGGCCUGCAUCGUGGUUUUGGACCGUCAGAGUCACCGGCUGCACACGGCCAACCUGGGAGACUCAGGGUUCCUGGUGGUCCGGGGAGGAGAGGUGGUCCACCGAUCAGAUGAGCAGCAGCACUACUUCAACACGCCCUUCCAGCUGUCUAUCGCUCCCCCUGGCGCAGAGGGCGCUGUCCUUAGUGACAGUCCUGACGCAGCGGACAGUUCCUCCUUCGAUGUCCAGCUGGGUGACAUCAUCCUUACUGCCACUGAUGGACUCUUUGACAACAUGCCCGAUUACAUGAUCCUGCAGGAGUUAAAGAAACUCAAGAAUACAAACUAUGAGAGCAUCCAGCAGACAGCGCGGAGCAUUGCAGAGCAGGCCCAUGUGCUGGCAUAUGACCCCAACUACAUGUCGCCUUUUGCACAGUUUGCCUGUGAUAAUGGACUGAAUGUAAGAGGAGGAAAGCCAGAUGACAUCACAGUACUGCUGUCCAUAGUAGCAGAAUACACCGACUAGAGUGUGUGCCAAGCUGCGAUGGGGGGCAUCUGCCUCUUCAGGCGAUGGACUGCUUUGAUUCCUGCUGGCCAGGAUGUAGGACUGAUGUCUGAUGCUUCCCCCACUUCCACAGGCUCUGCUCUGCCUCACCCCACAAGCUGACUAUCACCCUCUUCUCUCCCCUGAAGACUCCUGCAUGCCCACUUCUCUGUGACUGUGCACAUCAGAGAAUGGCCAAAUAAAGCAAACUAGAGGCCUAACACAUCCUCUUGGCCAGGCUGCAGAGUUGGCAUCUUUGCAGUGUUCCAGUGCUCACUGGAUAAUCCUAUUGGCUGGGAUCAGCAGGCAUUGGGCACGUAGGAGAUGAAGCUCCGAUCUCACGAGGAUAAGUCUUCUUUCUCUGAUAGGCGGUUUGAACUGGGAGGAAGUUUCUGAGACAGAGGCAGAUGUAGCCAGACAGAAGGUGUUAAGAGUGUUAAAGUGGCCGCCUGCUGGGCUGCCGGAAGGGAAUGAUUCAGUCCAUCAGUGGUGUCAAGAAGGGAACUGCACAGGAAAUGGCAGCAUUGGGGCUCAAUAAAUGGGCUGCCUUGUGCAAACGGAUGUUCUUAAUGAUACAGUGGUAGUUGGAAAACCUUUAUAAAAGGUCCUGGAACCUUGUAUGUGGGUGCAGGGAGCAGAUGAUAACUGGUGUGCUGUUCUGGGAUGUUUUGUUAAAUGUUUGCAAAAAAAAAAAACAAGCAUAUGGGACAUUUAUACAUCUGUAGUUAGUUUCUUGGGGCAGGUCAAUCCAAUACAGAGAGUGGCAGCUGCCUUUUCCAGACCAGUGCAAUUCAAGUCUUGCAUAUAUUUUGUUACAUAAUGGGAAGAGUAUUUUAUACUUCACAAGCCUCUCAAUACUUAUAUAUUGUGUCAAACUGAUGCCCUCCCUUUAAUCUCACAGCUGCUGCUGAAGUCUUGAUUGUGAAUACAUGUGAAGUGUGUUUGAAUAUGUGUGAUGAAUGCUCUUGUGCUCGUCAGCGUGUCUGUUGAUAUUUAAUGUCUAUGAAAUGGAUAUGAAGGCUACAGACUUCUCCAUAUCCACUGGGCUGAAUUGGUCUCACAGCCUUAAACGCACAAAGAUUAAAGAGCAUAUCUGAUAAAAGCUCAACAAAGUGAUAGUUGGUCAGUUGACCAAAUGUAUUUUUGUAAUUUCUUUGUUCAGUGGGGUUGUUCACUGCAUUGGAGUAACUUAAACUGUUGUUCACAAUCAGCAUUUGCUUCUCUUGUUUCUCCCUCUCCCUUCUGCUCUAGAGCUCCAGUGGCACAUUCAUAUGUCAGGUCACUGCAGGUUUCAUGUGAAAAAUGGUCAGUAUGUUUCCAUUACAUCACGACAGAUUUGUACUCUGAAUCUUCUGCAAGUUUUACCCACAAAAGUUGUCUCAGUAAAACACAGAUUUUGUGUAAUGGCAUUAUGAUGUGCCUUGUAUCAGGUGUCGUUGAUACUGGCAAACAUGUCAACAAUUCUUAAACACCCCCCAACUAUGUGCCAGAUACUGAGCACAAAGCUUGAAAUAGUUAAGUAGCCAUAAGAGUCAAAAUGGCUUUCCCAUCAUGCCCUGCUGUCUUAACACAAGGUUUUUUUCACCUCCAGUAUGCCGAACCCGUUUUUCCCUCCUGCUUCUCUGCACUCAAUCAGGAGCUUAGGAAUAGUGAUAAAGCCAUCCCACGCUUCAAAAAUCCUCCCCAUCACUGUUUACAAUCUGCACAAAUCUUAAGGACUAUUUCCCUGCUUAAUCUGACAAAUUCUCCAUAAAGACUGCAGUGUUAGGUGUCAUUUUGAAAUGAAGCUGAUGGGCCUAGAAGAACAGAUGGAUGCAGAGCAACUAAGGGUCAAAGUGUGAGUUGCAUUAUAGCACUGAGGACAAUCUAAGCAGCCUUAAAAUGAUAAAGCAGUUCUCCCAGUCCUUUUAUCCGACCACUGUUAGCUUUGUGGUUCCUGCUUCCUGACUCACAGAUGGCCGGACACUCUUCUUUUUCAUGUCCCAUCAACUUCAUAUUUCAACCAGAGCAUCUCUCUCUCUCUCUCUGUCUCUGCCUCUCUGUCUCUCUUUCUCUCUCCAUAUACAGUUCAAUGCAGAUGAUCUAAGCUCUGUGGAAAAACAUUUUCAAUUCUGUAUAAUAUUUAAAUAAAGACUAUAGUAUUUAUUA